UCCCCAGAACCAAAGCCACGGCCCACAGCUCUCCAGCCCUCUCUGCAAAGCCCAGCAUCUCCGUUUUUCCUGCUCCCCAGCCAAAUUCCUCUCCCACUCCCACUCUGACACUUAAGCCGAGCGACUCUGCCCCCGCUGCACAGCUGUCCGAGCCACCGCUGCACCUUCAUCAGCCCAAACCAAGCGUGUCUCCAACGCUGGUCGUCCCAGCACCGAGGCUGAGUCCGUCUCCCACGGGUUCGGACGGCCAUGGUGGCAGGCAGCCGUCGCCGGUGGCUAAAGAAAGACGCGCUCGAUCAAUCGCCAUCUCAAAUGCUAAAAGUUUGUCCCUGGACACAAAGGGCGACGUUCUGGACCUGGAGGCCUUCCUGGACUUCACUCAUCCAACACUGGGAAGACCUUGUCCCACAACAACAAAAGAGUCAGUCGCCUCCGCGAACCUCGGCUUACUUAGAGGUGAAGGCAAAACGGAUAAUAAUUUAAAAGACAAACAAGCGCUGCGGAGGAAUUUUGAGUCGACUGCAAUUUCUAAACCAAACACAAACAUCAAACAGCGCCUGGAAUUUCUACAGAGUCGAUUGACAAGUAAACAGAAAACCUGUUUGUCUGAAGGGUCUGAAGGGAUUAAGUCUGCUAAUGUUGUUCACAGAGACUCUGAGUCUGUGUUUGAUGGAUUGGCUACACAGUGGAGCCGGAAACUUCAGAGGACAUGUACAGACUCCCCUCAAAAUAGGCAUUAUGCUCAGAGUGAAGGCUUGGCCUCCAGGCAUCAAUCCUAUCAGCAUGUGAAUUCAGAGAGAAGUGCAGCUUUACAACUCGAUCCUAAAAUAUCACUUUCCACGCAGCCUCCCUGGAGUCAGUCAACAGUUUCACCUAAUAUCGAGACGAGGAGGAGACGAUCCGAUUUGGGUUCUGGUGUCAGGAGACCUCAGGAAGAGCAAAACAGUUCACACGCAGCUACAGGACAUUGUGAGCCCCGUCAGCACGGCGCACUGCGGUUGAAGGCCUGCAGCCGAGGUGCCCGGGCUGAGUGCGUCUCAGAGGACGCUCAGUGUGAGCACAGGUUGAACCCUCCUCACACGCAGGACGCUUCCCGAGCCGCCGGCGCUGAGGACCUGAGUCAAAGAGCCGUUUUUGCACCAUCGGACCAUUGUGUAAUGACCACAAAGCAGCUAGAACGACACCCAGAGAAAAACUGGACUCUGCCUCCGGCUCACGGGCCGCUCAGCGCCGAAUCCGGCGUCGCUACAAACGGGGUCCCGCCGACGCCACUGCAGCGGAGAGAGGAGACAAUGACACUGGCUUCACUUCAACCACCUGGCGCUCCAGCAAACAGAGCUUCCAUCGUGGAGGAACCAGAGGACCCCUAUUACGUCACCAUGCAUUACCCUGGUUCAGUGUACGUGGACAUGUCCGACAUCGUUCCUCCAGAGGUGAGACCCAAACCUGCUGUCCCGGCCAAGCCCCCGAACGUGGGGGCUCCCUCCCCCUCCAGCUCCUUCCCGCCCCAGGGCCUGGGCAUCAUGGGGGGCGGGGGCGGCGUCUCCGCGCCUCCGCCGAGCGCGAUCCCGGUGCCCAUCGGGAGCCACGGCCCCGGCCACGCCGCGGGCCACGCCGCGGGCCACGCCCACGCCGGCUCCCACAACUCCAGCGCCGGGUCCACUCUGCUGGGGUACAUCGGCAUCGACACCAUCAUUGAGCAGAUGAGGAAGAAGACCAUGAAGACGGGCUUUGACUUCAACAUCAUGGUAGUGGGCCACAGCGGCUUGGGAAAGUCGACGCUUGUCAACACCUUAUUCAAGUCGCAGGUGAGCAGGAGGAGCACAGGGUGGUCCCGCGAUGACAAGAUCCCCAAAACUGUGGACAUCAAGGCAGUGUCUCACGUCAUUGAGGAGGGUGGUGUGAAGAUGAAGCUGACUGUUGUCGACACUCCAGGGUUCGGAGACCAGAUCAAUAACGACAACUGCUGGGAGCCCAUUUCCAAGUUCAUCAACGAGCAGUAUGAGAAGUUCCUAAAGGAGGAGGUCAACAUCACCAGGAAGAAGCGCAUCCCUGACACCAGGGUGCACUGCUGCCUCUACUUCAUAUCCCCCACCGGACACUCGCUUCGCCAGUUAGACGUUGAGUUCAUGAAGCGCCUGAGUCACUCGGUCAACAUUAUUCCUGUCAUAGCCAAAGCAGACACGAUGACCAUUGAGGAGAGACAGGACUUCAAACAGCGGGUAAGGAAGGAGCUGGAGACGAGCGGGAUCGAGUUUUACCCACAGAAAGAGUUUGACGACGACAUGGAAGACAAGAGCGACAAUGACAAAAUCAGGGAGACGAUGCCCUUUGCUGUCGUGGGCAGCGACAAAGAAUAUCAAGUGAAUGGUAAACGAGUUCUGGGGAGAAAGACAGCGUGGGGAAUUGUAGAAGUUGAAAAUCCCAACCAUUGUGAGUUUGCCCAACUGCGGGACUUCCUGAUCAGAUCUCACCUCCAGGAUCUGAAGGAGGUCACUCAUAACAUUCACUAUGAAACGUACCGUGCCAAGAGACUGAAUGAGAAUGGAGGUCUGCACCCGAUCUCCUCCAAUGACACCCAAGAGAGUAACCUGUAGUCAGUGAGAGUGCGCGGAAGCUGAUGGAUGAACUGAUUGGCAGCACUGCAUCGUUGCAUGUCCUGUGAAAAUCGGUGUCAUUUAAUAGUGUAAUUUUUCAGAUUUCAAUCUUCACUUGACCAUUUAUCCACCCCCUCCCCCACGUCAUCUCGACACACUCAUCUCAAACCCUCUGGCUACUUUUGAAAGUCGUUCUUUUACUGUUCAGAUGAAAGGACCCAGAGAAUUAGUGCCAUUAUAAAACUAAUGUUUUAUCUACUGCCAAUGCCUUGUCACAUCCAGGUAGUACGAUCUCAGAAAGUGCCACUUUAUUAUGUGACAAAGAGGCUAAUUUUUAGUGUUGUGUAAAAAAAUAUCCAAAUUCUGACACUUAAUAAAUAUUUGCUUUAAAUAUUAAAACCCUAAUUCUUGUGUAGGGGUGAUGCACGAGUCAGCGCUGCAUUUGACUCUUCACAAAUUGUUUUUUUUUUUGAGUUCUUAGCAGCAACUUCUUAAUUAAAGAAAGAUUGGCUGUAGCUUUACUGUCAGGACGACUUUUUAACUAACAACACAAUCAGAGCUGAUUUCCUCUCCGGUGUCUCUGGCGUUUCCUUGCCCCGUUUAAGUCUGACUUCCCAGGUUCAAACUGUUUGUGUGUGCAGACCUUCUGUAAGAUUAGAGGCAUCUGCAGCAUUAGUCACAUACUGUAUGAAAUGCAGCUCUGUGGGCAUCAAAGUGUGUAAUUAAACAGUCGACAGACUGCAUGACUGUGCUUACUGCAGAUAGUGUAAUUUAUGAUUCAUUAAAUUAAUGCAAAUACAUACAGAACAGUCUGUAACAAUAUGGCUCAUUAUGGUUUGUUACACAGCACUGGGUUCAGAGGAAAGGCAUGUUGUCCAUUUACUAGGUUACCACAGCGGGUCUUAAACUCACUCACUAGCCAUUCACAAACACAAUAUUUUCUAACACAAAAGAAAUAAACAUGACAUGUGUGUGUAUGCGGAUGUCUGAGACCAGACAUCACCUUAUUAUUACUUAUAUUUGAUGCCUCGUUGAAAUAUAUGAGCACUGCAGAGCUCAGACCCUGUGAUAAGGACCGUAUCUCACUAAGAACAUGCUUUGUGUUUAAAAUUUUAUUCUCCCUGUUCACCACUUAGUGGUGCACUUCCUACAUAAACGCAGUGACUUGUUAAGCAUUUAGUCAAGCUUAGUUUCCUCUGAUAUUCUGACUGCUGUGACCUUUUGUUUUUUUUCCACAGGUGUAAUUAAAAUAUCCCUCUACAUUAGAUUUAAGAGGUUUUAAUAAUAUCAUAUAUGCUCAAUAUGCAGGUGUCAUAGUUUCUUGUCAAUUUAUUAUUUGUAAACAUGAUAACUGUUCCACUAUAAACUACAGCACAAAGAUGCCAAGAACAUAAUUAAUUCAUACUGUCAGUAUUUUCAGUAUUUUGUUCUACAUUGAAUCAUGUUUUUACAAGCGAUCAUGUUUGUGUAGUUUUGAUAUAAAUGGUAAUAUCUUCAUCAUAAAAAUAAUAGUUGUCUGUGAUUCAAGUGCAGUCUAUAGUUUUUGAGCAGAUAUUUGAAACAGUGUUUACAGUAUGUGUGCAUGCUUGUAUCCACGUUUACUCACAACCACAUCCGCACAUUAUUUAGACAACGUAUCAUCUGCUUCUGAAUGUGUGAUGUAUACAUUAACACGUAAAGUCAAAUUCUGCUGUAACUAAAACGGACAGCUGACUGUCCUCAUAUCACUCAUUCAUUUGAAUCAGUACAACAUCAUAUUGUAAAAUUAUAUGAUAUCCACUUUCAGAGUUCUGGUGAUAUAUUAAGGUAUAAUUCACUGUUAUUUUGAGACUUUUAUUAAUUUCUUAUUGUAAUUUAUUCUUUAUUUAAUAAAAUCACAUUUCCAUGUU